AACAUAGUAUCAGCAUAAUGCUUGCUCUCCCACCCUUAGCCUUUUUUCCAAGACAAUUACAGAAUUGCAAUCCUACUGUCCACGAAUCUAACGAUCAAAAUGGCGGUUAGUAGAUCCCAUUCGAUAUGCCAGGGCAUCGAUAGUACACAAGCGAGUACUCCUAUGAAACACGAGCUUAAAAGCGAAAGAACUGAUAGGAUCAGCACGGUAGAAGGAUACACUGAAUGCCAUGGAAACCACACACACACAGACGAUAAUGCGUAGCGUAGAAACUCGUGAUCGGCGAGUCUAAUCCCCCUCCCUCUACAGUAGAUGCCCACCCUUCCCAUGUGAUGUGUGAAAUGUGUCUAAAACCAUGCCAAAACCAAUCGACCGAUCGAUGUAUGUGCGUAUAUGUGUCUCUUCCUCUUUGUUUAAGCCUCGUCGAGAUGCGCCGAAGCCAAAAACAGUCCCGGGCACCCAUUGAACGUUACAAUCAAAAUUCGGGCCUCGUAAGAUGUCCCCAAAUUUCAUGCCGAGCGGCACUAUGGGGCAAGGAUGUUAUCUGGUCGCAUCGAAGCUAGUGCACAGCCAUAGCAUAUCGCAUAGAAGUACGAUAUUCGUGUGAGCUAAUUAAUAUGCCAGCGAACGCAUCUCAGAUCGAUGUUAGUAAUUCGGAACAGGCAAAACGGUAAUGGUAACGGUAUUAACAAAGGCCAUACAUUGACACAACGAGCGUAACAUGCGCCAUACGGCGGUCGCAAAACAGAUGAAGAUCAACCUCUGCCUGUCUUGAAUUAAAAGACAGCAAUCGCGAACACGAAACAAGUAAACUCACUCUCUUUGGUCCUAGAUCAUGGGAUUGUCGUAGGAUAAGGUAUGCUCUACAUUACGAUAUGCUCUGCCACAGGAAAUGGACGUACCACGGAACGAAUUGGAGUAUAGAUAGAACCGUUGAACAAAAACCAGCAACAGCACAGUCGUCGAAACAACCAACAACUAGCAACUAACAAAGCAAACAUAAAAAAAAAUGGGUAGUCGCGCAAUUAAAAAUCACUUUUUCUUAAGUUACACACGAACGCUAGUUGCGGCGGCAUUUUGUAAAUUAAACAGAUAAAAUCCCACCCGUGGGGGGGCCGGGGUUUUGUCGACGAACAUAUUGGUACGAACACUAAGAGAAAACUCUAUAUUCCGGGACUGGAUUGCAAAAUCGGAGAAAAUGGGCGAGGUGAAUGAGUCAAGACAAAUGAUGGGCGGUAAAGAGAAUAAUUGUAAAAAAAGUGAACAAAAACGAAACAACUCAACGGAGAAUUAUCCUUCCCAUUUUUUAAUGGCCAUUACAGGAUCGUACGCAACGCAAGCCGAUGAUGAUAGGGUGGGAGCGCGGAGGAACGAAAAAAUGCCUUUUUAUUACGAAAAAAGAAAGAAGAAAAAGAUUGUAACUAGAAGGGUGGGGGGGGCGGGUCUGUACCCGGGCCCCGGGCCCUCAGCCACGUUUGAAGCACUACACAUUACGCAACACACUCAGAAAUCUGCAGUUAAUCACCUUCAGCUAGCGGCAUUCAAUGAAAUCAGCUAAAUUUAAUGAAAUAACCGAUUGCGAAACCACUACUACAGGCUACCGUUUUUUCCUUUUCUAUAACAAAAAUCCGCCGAUUUCGGGCCAUCCAGUGCCCGGUGAUGCUCGCACCCAGGCACAGGACGCAGAACUAGGAGAUAUAGCACAGAACUAAGAGAUAACGGUGGAUGGUUUUACCCCUUUGAAGCAAAACCACAAAAAGGAUGCUUAUGACGUGUAUGCGCCAUUGCUGGGAGCGUGGAGCGCCAAAUCAUAACGCAAAACGAAAGAUGUGUAGCUAAAGGAUAUGAAACCUGUUGAUUAGUUUUGGCAGAGGAUAUUUAUUCGAUACUGUGUUAGUGUUCUUUUCAUUUUCCUCUUUGCUUCUCGGAAAAAAGUAUUCCUUAUAAAACAAUAUUUCCCCCCUUUUUUUACCUUGCGCCUUAUGUUGCUGCACACACUGCACAUCCAACCUGGCACCUUGGGCCAACCAAUGCAGACACCAUGCCGAUUAGCUCUACGUUCUUCUACGAGUACAUAAGAACUAAAUGAUGCUAAUCGGUUGCUAACAAAAAAUGCAAAAUGGUUUAGUAAGUGCUACUCAAACUGGGGUAACUGUUUGAUGCAACUAGGUGGUCAAAGUUAAACGUGUAAUCGCUAUUUAAUCUGUGUACUCGAAUGUGUAUUCUAUCGGAUGAGCACCAUCUUUAGCCUCUUUCUUUUUAUAACUUAUUUCACUUCAGCUAAUGCUUCUUUUUAUCGGGGACGAUCACGUGCGAGGCGGACCUCUCCUUCUAGCCCCCUUAUCGGUACAAUCUCAGUAUAAAUCAUGAUUUUAUUCGUCGUAUUCAUUAUGCUGCUUGUACGCUGAGAAGGAUAAAAUUUGAGAGAAAAUUUAAACAUUUAUGUUAACCUGCAUUGUUACAAAGUUAUAAGUAAAAUUUUAAUUUAAAAAUCAACAGAAAAGUAUAUACUUGUGUAUUAUAGGAAUA